GGCUGGAAUGCUCCCGGGGAGGGGAAGGCGGCGCGUGCGUGCGACACUGUAACCGGGGCCGGGGCCGGGGCUGGAGCUGGAGCCGGGGGCGGCCGGGGGCCGCUCGGUGCCUGCGGAGCCAGCGCCCGGGCCCCGGCGGUGGCGCGAUGAACAAGCUGCGGCAGAGCCUGUGGCGGAAGAAGCCGGCCUACGUGCCCGAGGCCAGCCGGCCCCACCAGUGGCACGCGGACGAGGAGGCCGUGCGCCGGGGCAAGUGCAGCUUCCCUGUGCGGUACCUGGGCCACGUGGAGGUGGAGGAGUCCCGGGGGAUGCACGUGUGUGAAGAGGCCGUGAAGAAGCUGAAAACAAGCGGGCGCAAGUCGGUGAAGUCGGUUCUGUGGGUGUCGGCUGACGGGCUGCGGGUCGUGGAUGACAAAACAAAGGAUCUCAUCGUGGACCAGACCAUUGAGAAGGUUUCGUUCUGCGCCCCCGACCGCAACUUCGACAAGGCCUUUUCCUACAUCUGCCGCGACGGCACCACCCGCCGCUGGAUCUGCCACUGCUUCCUGGCCCUCAAGGACUCGGGCGAGCGGCUGAGUCACGCCGUGGGCUGCGCCUUCGCCGCCUGCCUGGAGCGCAAGCAGAAGCGGGAGCAGCAGUGCGGGGUGACGGCCUCCUUCGGCUCCAACCGCACCAGCUUCGCCCGCGAGGGCUCCUUCCGCGCCCCACCCGCCAGCCCGCCCGCCAGCCCGCCCGCCCCGCGCCCGCGGCCGGGCAGCCAGACAGUGGAGGCCGCCCCCCCUGCCGCCGCCCCCUCGGCGCCCCCCGCCCCCGCCCAGCCGGGCAGCGUCUCCCCGCCGCAGGGGGCCACGUCGCCGGCGGAGAAGGGGGAGGGGGGCCCCCAACACGCCAUCCCACGCCGCCACGCGCCCCUGGAGCAGCUGGUGCGCCAGGGCUCCUUCCGCGGCUUCCCUGCCCUCAGCCAGAAGAACUCGCCCUUCAAACGCCAGCUCUCGCUGCGGCUCGGCGACCUGCCCUCCACCCUGCAGCGCAAGGGGGACUUCCAGGCCCGGGGCGCCGUGCUGGAGCUGGAGUCGACCCCAACUGGCGACAGCGACGGGAUCAGUGCCCUCUGUAGCCAGAUCAACGCCUCCUUCUCCCGCCCGCCCGCUGACCCCUUCAGCCCCACGGCCGCCGAUGGCGUCGCCUCCCCCCCCGCGGGGCUCCCCCAAGGGGAGCCCGGGGCGGGGGGCCCCCUCGCCGGCCCCCCCGUUCCAGCCUGGACACAAGCGGACCCCGUCGGAGGCCGAGCGCUGGCUGGAGGAGGUGGCCCAGACGGCCAAGACACAGCAGCUGGCCCCUUCUGCGGCGCCCGUGCCCGCAGCCCUGCCCGCCACGCUGCCCCCCUACCCCGUGAGCUACGACGCCGCGCCCGCCCCUGUGGGCAUGUUCCUGCCACCCCACAUGCAGCCGGCCUACGUGCCCGUGGGGGCCUACCCGCUGGCCGGGCCCUACGGGGCACCCAGCGUGCCCGUGGUGGGCAUCACCCCCUCCCAGAUGGUGGCCAACGUCUUCUGCUCCACUGCCCAGCUGCUGCCCUCGAACUUGGGGGGCAAGGCCAGCCCCUUCCCCCCUGCUCUGCGGGGCCCCGUGCUGCCUCCUCCCCCCCAGGCCCGGCCCAAGUCCGGCGGCGCCGCCCCCUGGCCCCCGGAGUCGGGCCAGCCGAGGGCCAUGGCCCCCCCACCCACCACUGCCCACCCUGUGCCCAAGCCGGACCCCUUUGAGGCUCAGUGGGCGGCGCUGGGGGCCAAGCCCCCCGGGGGGGCCGACCCAGUCAACCCCUUCGCCAGAGACCUGCAGAAAACCUUUGAGAUCGAGCUGUGAGCUGGGGGGGGCAACCGCGGUCCCCGAGCCCCCCACUAUGGAACUGACUGUGGGGCCAGGUAGAGGUGGGGGAUGUACAGAGACCCCCCCCCCACCCCAGAGGAACCUGGGUCACCAGCUCCUUGUCAAAUGGGGGGCAGGCUGGGGAGGGGCCCCCAGGAUUGCUCCCCCCCGCCCACACCAGCUUUGCUGCUGGGGGCUUUGCCGGGGGGCCGAUGUGGGCCUGAGCGUGGGUCCCAGUCCAUGGAGGUGGGGCUGGGGUCUGCAGUGAUGAAAUGGUUAACAGGUCCCUAGCUGGCUGGCCGCAAAAGGGGAGGGACCCUGGGCUGUACGUUUGGGGGGUCUGGACCAGGGAGCACCCUCCAGAUCUAGGGGUGAUCAGGGCUAACUUCCCCCCCCCACAAGUCAAAUGAUCAGACCUGCAGAGAUGAGGCCCCACAGCCCUGGGCCUGGGGGCAGGUGAUGGAGGGCUGAGCAAAGGGAAAAUGGGGGGCCGGGGAGGGGAUUGGCCUCCCCUGCAGGAAGCUGCCUGGGGUGGGGGGAUUGGUUCUGGCCUUUCCACCCCCAUAGGCCUCUGCUGUAGCAGUGCGGGGGUGGGGAUCACGAUGCACCAGCAUCACCUACUGGGGGGGUGCUGUGGCCCCCCGGGUCCCUCAGCAUGGCCCAGAUGGGGAGUCUGACGGGAGGGGAAAAGCAGGGGUGAUGCUAACCCUAAAUCUUCUGGGGGGAGCUUCACUCCCCCAUAGGAAAAAACACCUAGAGCUGGAGCUUUUCCUGCCCAAACCCCUGGCUGGGCCUGGUCGGGGGGGUCUCAGGGGCCCUUGGCCAAGCGGAGGGGGGGGUUGUUCCUGGUUCUAAUUUAUUGUCUUUGAUUUUUAGUUUGGGGGCAGGGAUGGCCGGGGGGGGGAUCCUGCUGAAGAUGGGGGAGGGGCUCAGGCCAGGGUGGGAUGGACAGAUGGGCGUGCAUUGCCCCAGAUGCCCCCCCCAGCUGUAUGCCCUGAUCCUGCCACAAGUCAAAGCCCGUGUUGGGGGCGGGUGCAUUGAAGUGGCAGCUUGUCCCCCACCUGCUGGGCUGAUGUAGGGGAGAUAUUGUGGGAACUGGGGGGGUCUUGAGUGGGGGGGGCCGGACCCCCGGGGGGGGCACCUGAGGCCUCUCAUCCUCCCCACGGCCUGAGCAGCGCAGCCUGGAUUCACCCCCCACGUGGGCACUACCCGGAGGUGCUUCAUGGGCCCCGGGGGGCCUGGGACUGCAGGGGGGGGACGAUGCCACAUUGCCCGGCUUAGUGGAGGCCACACCAUGGGUGCAGGCUGGCCGUGCACCACCUCUGGGGCAGGGGGGAGCUGCCGCAUGGGGGCGCGCCCUGGGGCAGGGGGGGCAGUGCCACGUUGUAGGUGCACAGAGCCCUGGGGCAGGUGCUGGGGUGCGGGGAGGGGGAGACAGCUGCUGUCCUGCCCCCCCCAGCCCUCCAGCUGGCACGCGCCCUGCACCAACCCAUAGAAGGUGACACUGGCCCUGGGUGGGGGCGGGGGAGAUUUUCUAUCUUUAUUUCCACACAUGUUUUGUAUCUAAAAUCCACCCCCCCCCCGUUUGUAUGAUAGAAAUAACUGCUAAUAAAGCAACCCUCUGCUGCCGGCUGGUGCCCUGUGACGGGCGGGGGCCAUUCAGCUAA